AAUUCAGAUAAAUAGAGAGAAAUGCCAGCAAGAAACACACUCAGAAUACCGUACCAGUAACAAGACUGAAGCUACUACACUAACAGUGCAGCAUGCAUUUGCUAUUAGAGUUUCUCCUGUCCCUAAUGAAGAUCGGAUGGAUAUGCUUACUGGCAUUCUGGAAGUUUUUCAAUCCAUUCAAGUCAAAGAAGAACUUGGAGAGAGAUAUUGUCCUCAUCACUGGAGCAGGCAGUGGGAUAGGGAGGCUUAUGGCCAUCAGGUUUGCUAAGUUGGGGGCCAAAUUGAUUCUCUGGGAUAUUAACAGAGAGGCUAACGAAGCUGUUGCCACGGAGAUCAGAGAGUUGAGUAAAAUUGCUCAUCCAUAUGUGGUGGACUGCAGCAAGAGGGAGGAGAUAUACAGAGUAGCUGAACAGGUCAAGCGUGAAGUGGGAGAAGUGACUGUUUUGGUGAACAAUGCUGGAGUUAUCAGUGGGAAGAAGUUCUUUGAUGUCGCUGAUAAGAUGGCUGACCUCACGCUUCAAGUCAACACUGCUGCUCAUUUCUGGACUGUCAAAGCGUUUGUUCCAGCAAUGAUUGCCAAGAAUAGAGGGCAUAUCCUCACCAUAGCAUCCUCUGCUGGUAUGUUUGGUGUUGCUGGACUCAUGGACUACUGUGCCUCCAAGCAUGGCGCUGUGGGUCUUCACGAGUCACUCACUUCCGAGCUGCACACUCUCGGGAUGGAUGGGGUUAAAACCACUUUGGUCUGUCCCUACUAUAUCAACACUGGAAUGUUUAACGGAGUCAAAACCAGACUCCCUCGGAUUUUGCCGAUUUUGAAGCCCGAGUUUGCAGUAAACAAGAUAAUGGAAGCAUUUCAUUCUGACCAGUAUUUGCUCAUGACUCCAAGGAUCCUUUAUUUAUUUUAUCUCUUGCAACCGAUUUUGCCCAAGUAUGCUAUGCUAGAGGCUGGCAAGUUCUUCGGUGUAGAUAGAAGUAUGGACACUUUUGUGGGCAGGCAAAAGAACGACUGAAACUGAUUUUUUAUUCUAUUCAUUCUUUGAAUGCAUACCUUUGAUGAUGCAAUGUCAUAUAAUUUUCUACACAACAAAUAAUUAUUGUGCUAUAAUUAUAAUUAUAAA